CACUGAGUCAUCAGAGGAAUUCAAGAUAACUCUUUAACCUACCAAAGGAUUGAUCAUUUCAAGACGGAGCAGACGUGAGCCAGAGAUCCUUAAAUCUAAUCAGACAGCAUAUCUGGUCACAUGAUAGCAGGGCUGUUGGGUAGAACAGUAUAAAAGGAGGCUUGUGGGCACGGGGAAAGCAGAAACAUCAAACUGAGCACCUGCUGAGCACAUCAGCAUCAAGACGAACUGAAGGCAAACUCCUGUCUACUGUCACCAUGAAGGCCACACUUGCAAUCAUCGCGCUCCUCGUCCUGGCUCUCGGCUGGACCUCUGAAGCUGUGCAAGUUGAAGAGAAUGGACUGUCCUUCUCGUUGGAAGCCGUCAAGAGACUUCAAGAGCUGUCGGAGAGCAGUAUGACAGGACAACAAAACCCACGAAUGAAGGCUAGCACCGUGUCCCUCUGUGCCGACCCCAUGCUCCCACAAGAGUUCCUGCCGCUCUGCAGGCAGAGAGGAGCAUCUGCUUCCCUCACCAGAUUAGCUUUUGUACCCAUGGACAUCUGUGAGAUCUGCGCGUUUGCUGCCUGCACUGGUUGCUAAACAAACGAAGCACACCAGAAACAUCUUGCUCACUUGUGAUUUUUUUUUUUUUUUCAUCCCCUGCUAAACUGUUUUAGGGAAAUUUCAUUUGUUUAACUACACCCAUUGAUAAACCAGUGGCUUUAUCCCAACACUUCUGAUUCUGGCCCACUGCACACCUGAUAACAUUUUUAGUCCCUGUUAGACCAAAGACCGCCAACGAAGGAGGAAAAAGAGAUCUGACCAAAUGGGGGAAUGUUUUGCAAACUGUUACUUUAAAGCAUAUUUACUUUUGCAGAAAAUUCUUU